AUGCCUCCGUUUAUGGCGCAGACGUUGCGAGCACAUUUGAAUGGCCAGCUCCGCGAACUACCUCCGAAUUUUGCGGCACAGAUUCGAGCGUUCAGUCAGAUGCCAGCUCCGCAAUCUUUUGGUCAGCCUCCGCCGCUAAUGCCGCCGCCACAUUAUGCGCAAAUGCAAAGAGGAGGUGAACCUCAGAUUAUA